UAGAAAACUUUGUCAGUAUCUCUGAGGAAGACUAGAAAUGAUAUUAAUUUUUAAAAAUAUUAUGGUACUCGAUUGUUGUUUGUGGGUUAUAUGUGUGUGGUUUUUGCUAUUAAACAAUCAAAUAUUUGGCGGCAGAGAAUCAAAUAUUUGGCAGCAGAGGUGUAAAGGUUUAUUUGGUUUUCAUUUCUUUUCCUAAGCUAUUUUUAAAUAAAAUGGAAAACUCAGAGCAUUAUGUUUUUUUAACAAUUUAAUAUUUUUAUAUAGUUGAUUGCUACUAAAUCAUUAAGAUUGAGGUGAAACAAAUUAAAAAGCUAUUUCUAUACAAUUGGUUACACCACCUCUGCUUGGAAACAUUUAAAAAGAUUGGCCCAAUAUUCAUCCAUUUAUUACUUGUAUUCUAAUUUGUUUAAAGAGUAAAAUCUAAAUUUUGUUAAAAUUGUAAUGUCUUAAAUAUUUGGAAAUAGCAAUAGUAUUGUUCACUUAGGUAUGGCAAAAGACAAAAAUUUAAAAUAAUGGUAAUUUCUGUCAUCAUUAAAAGUUUGCUAAUUUGGGGAGAAAAGGGUAAUUUAAAAGUUUCUCUCCAUCCCUUGAGUAUUUUUUUAAACUGGAUUUUACAAGUUUUAGAAGCACAAACUGUAUCUCUGGUAUUUUCCUUAUGAGUCCGCUUUACCAGUUCUCCAACACCUACACACACACACACACACACACACACACUACUUUGAACGCUUUACCAGUUCUCCAACACCUACACACACACACACACACACACACACACUACUUUGAACGCUUUACCAGUUCUCCAACACCUACACACACACACACACCACACACACACACACACCCCGCACACUAAUUUGAAAAUGAGAAAUGAAAGCAGAAACAUAUUAAUCUGAUUUGUUUGAAGAGGCUUCAAAUGAUAAAGCAUAUCACAGGUGUUUCUAAUCAAGUUAUUUCAUUUAACAUCAUUUUCAAGUUAGUGUUGUUGUUUUUUAUAACAUAGGCAAGACUGAGGUCAUUUUGAAGAACUUACCUCUGUGUUCAGGGAUCCACUGUGGAACUGCAGGAGGCGGAAAUCUGUUGAGUGUCUUCAUGCUAUAAUACAUGACAUUUUUAUUGCAGGUUUUGACCUGUAGGAGAGCCAAUUCUGGAGAACAAUCUAACUUCUUUGAUUGAGCACUCGCAUAAUGCAUUGGAACAUGUUAGGAGAUUAAGGUUUAAUAAUGAUAAAAUGAAGAUCAUAAUAAAAAAGCCCUGUACUUAGUUCAGCAAUUCUACCUUAAUGACAACUUCCUAAUCUCCCUUUAUCCUCUACACAUUGAAGUUUGGUGUUUAUUUAAUCCAAUUUAGAGUAAGGAUAAUGCCAUUGCCAUAGAGAAAAACGUAAUUUCAUCCCCAAAGCUGAGUAAGUGGAAACUGUUUAGAAGUAUAUUUCUUUGCCUGGUGAAGAGUGGAGACAGUCUUACCUCCUUGAUGAAGAUAUCUUUUGAAAGGUGUACUUCAAGGAAUAAAAUGAUGUUUGUAAUUUAUGCUGUUACCAAGGGAAGGAGGAAAGUAGUGAAAUGUGAAUUUAAAUUCCUGACAUCCUGGGUCUCAAAUGUACUUAAUCAUAAUUUUAAAGGAAUAUAUAACCAAGCAGAAAAUCUACAAAAUAAAAACAGUUCUUAACAAAUCAUUUCCAGUUCUAAUUGUCAGUUUUGGAAACCGUAAAAGUAUAUCAGAUGUAAUUUAAGGAAUUGUAUUCAAGUAUCUUUUGUUAAAAUUCUAAUAUGAAGGUUUCUUUCUAAGUUAAUGCCAAAUAAUUUCAGUAUUGAGCAUCUUAAACCUGUUAUUUGGAGUAUGGAUUGAGUUUGGCACUAACUCAGAGGCCACAGGCAAGUAUCCAGGAGACAAUAUAUGGACAUUAAAAUUAAAACAUCUAACAUAACAGAGAUCUAAUAAGCAUUUAAAUUAAUAUUGAAUGAAUUAACUGAUUUACUUAACAUGGUGGUUUAGAAGGUGCCCUAAUUUCUAAAAGAAGAAAAACGUAUUUGGAUUGCCUGGAGCCCUUCAAGAGUCAAAGUAUGGUGAUUUGAAGAAACAAUUUGUAAGAAAUACUGGAAGGAUUCUUGGCUGGUGUGCUCAAUGGUGUGUAUUUUGACACUAUCCACUAGAAAUGACUAUACAAGGGGUACCUAAGGCACAUGGAGAAAGGAUUGAGACUGGAAGAUGCAAACAGACAUUGUCAGUACUGAGUAGUGCCUGACAACAGAUCACUCUAGGGAAGGGGCAAUAUAUUCCACAUGAGAUGAUCCCCUCAACACAAAACCGAACAGAUGUUGUUAUUGUAAAAAAUGGAAGAAGAAUAUGUGGAACAGGAGGUUGUUUAGCCAGUGCACCUUUACAUCAAAACAAAAGCUACUUUGAAUUCAAAAUCCAGUCCACAGGAAUCUGGGGUAUUGGUGUUGCAACUCAGAAAGUUAAUUUGAAUCAAAUUCCUCUCGGCCGAGAUGUGCACAGUCUGGUGAUGAGAAAUGAUGGAGCUCUAUACCACAACAAUGAGGAGAAAAACAGGCUGCCAGCCAACAGCCUUCCACAGGAGGGAGAUGUGGUGGGUAUUACAUAUGACCAUGUAGAAUUAAAUGUAUAUUUGAACGGGAAAAACAUGCAUUGUCCAGCAUCAGGUAUACGGGGGACAGUGUAUCCAGUUGUUUAUGUUGACGACAGUGCAAUUUUGGAUUGCCAGUUCAGUGAAUUUUAUCAUACUCCUCCACCUGGUUUUGAAAAAAUACUAUUUGAACAGCAGAUCUUCUGAAUGUAUUUGUUUUUGAAACUUAUAUUUCUGCACUGUUAAAAAUGUUUAUCAUUUAAUAAAGCUUUACCUGGCCUAUAGGUGAAAAUAUAUUAUUAAAAAUAUACUUGUUAAUAUUGUUUAAGGAACUAGUGUAUUCAAUAUAUCACCCAGAAAUUGUGAUUUAAAAUACUUAGGUUUUGUGAUAUGAAAUCAGCAUUUUGGGCAGUUUAUUUAAUUCUUAUUUAAAUAAAUAUAACUAUUUGUAUGAUUAACAGUAUUAAGUGGAAAUAUGUAUAUAGGUAUUAAAAAGGGAAUUUUUCUUACAUAAAAUAUUUGUUUAAAUAGAGAUGUAGAGUUGGGUGGGUUUCUGUCAUUCUGAAGUUUAGAUCAUUAACUAUUUUAGGUUUGCAAUCCAAU